AUGCUGCAUGACAUUUGACAGCGUGUCCGUAAAACAGAUGGCUGCCGACGCUUUUAUAUUAAGUCAGCCGGCUCAUCCACAGUGAUUAAUUUAUCUGGAUACUUGAAAUCGCAUCAGGACUAUAGACAAACGUAUUCCUUGUAUCAGUGAAAUCUAUAUAAGAAAUGGCUCAAGUUCUCGGAUUCGUUGUUCUCUUGACACUGACAUUUUUUCAAAUGGUGAACGCAAAUGCAAAUCUGUGCAAGAACCUAUCACUGUUCGAUGAUUGUGGAAACGGACAUAUUUGUGUGUGUGCGAACGGAAAUGGAGUCGUAUAUGAUAAUCCUGGAGUCACACCCUGCAACAAUCUGGUCUGCAGAGACCCUGAAUGCUACAGUAUCACUGGUAGUUAUGCUAAACCUAAAAAGGUAAAUGGUGAAUAUCUGUAUUGCGACUCUAGCGACGAUUGUGGGAAUAAUUUUGUGUGCACGUAUUGCGGUUACUGUUGUCGUGUGGCAAGCGGAAAGCACACUACAACAACUACACCUGCGACAACCACGACAACGUUUCGACCAGCAUAAAUCGAUUUUUAGCUUGCAAAACUGACCUACUUAUAACAAAUGAAUAAAAUAAUGUGCAAGCACUAUUUAAAA